AUGGAGGCGCUUCCCAGCUCCAUGUGUCGAGUGUGCCGCCUGCGGCUGCUGAAGCCCUCACAGACACGAACCUUCACCACCACCUCGAGCCGCAGAUACAUCCCACCUGAAUCGCCAGUAUUUGUCGACGUUCCGGAACCACAUCAAUCACUACGUGAACGACCUGCUCCGGUCAAGGGCAUCCUCCCUGUCCCCCGGGAGCUGUUCCCGGCCCGCCGUCCCGACAAGCCAGGCAAGGAGUAUCUGGCAAAUGUGACGCGAGACCCUCUGCCGAAAAAUGUGCUGCCGGAGGAGAAGCUAUCGGAGGUUGGAAAAUAUAGACGCCGGAUGGCCGAGCUGCGGAAGUCGUAUUUGCGCGAGAGUUUGCAGAAGCUAUACCAGCGAAAGAAGGCAAUCGACUCGCACAUCGCACAACGAAGUGCCGUGAAGCGACAAGAAACCGCCCGACUCGCAGCGCAGCCAGAGCGUGAAGAUGAGCGUUUGACGAAGGUCUCGGUUCCUUCGGCCAUGAAGCCGCAGAAGAUGCUCCAGCUGUCCGUCGAGGAAGAAUUGGCCAUUUACAACGAACGCAAGGCUGCCCACGAGGCUCGACUGGCUGCUAAGCACGAGGACCGCCUCGACAAGCUUCACGCCCUGUACAUGAAUGCUCGCUCCUUCAUCACCACCAAAGAGCAGUUGGCCAAGGCGAUUGACGAGACCUUCACUACGACCAGGAGCAUUUGGCGCAGUGGGAAGCCAGAUACCGUGGAGGAGAUGAUCAGGCGUGGACGAGACAGGACGGCCGACCAAGGCCGUGGUGGACUGAUGCUUGCAACAGAUGUGAACGAGCGCGCUCUACGUGAUCAAGAACGUAUGAAGAAGAUCGCCGAGAAGUUGAGUGGCGGAAAGAUCUAA